AUGAGCACGGCGUUUCUCUUCUUCUUCGUUGCGUUCAACGCGCUGCAGAACGUCGCGACGAGCAUCCACGGCGCGAGCAACAUCGGCGCGCUCUCCAUGGGCGUGCUCUACGCCGUCAUCGUCGUCUCCGCGCCGCUCGCGCCCUUCCCUAUCCGCUUCUGGCGCGCGCGCGCCGCCAUCCUCGUCGCGCAGACGGGGUUCUGGGCCUUUAUCGGGUCCAACGCGUUCACCAUAGAGUGGCUGCUUCUGCUCGCGUCGUGCUACCUCGGAGUCUGCUGGUCCGUCGUCUGGGUGGCUCAGCCAAUAGAAGACUGCCACGUGGACGACGCUACCCUGAACUUGAAGCGCCCAGCCGCCGCGCUGGCUCCCUGUCCGUCGAUUUCAUCCAGCAGGGCGCUUUCAAUCUUCACCGUUGAUUGGGAGGAGAUGGAAGAGGUGGUGGAGGAGGAGGGGGGGGAGGAAGAUGAGGAGGAAGAGGGGGAGGAAGAAAGUGAUGAGGAGGAGGGAGAAAGGGGAGGGAGGGGUGGGAAGAAGGUGAAGCACCACAUGCGAGCGAUACUGUCAGACGUGGUUGAGGAGGGGGGUGAGGGAGAGGGGGAGCAGAUGAGGGAGAAUGGGCAGUGUGAGGAGGGGAGUGCGGUUGUAGGAGUUGCAGGGAUAACUGACGACUCCUCCCCUGGCAUGAUAUCCGCUCAUACAGGCAACCCACCCCAACCGCACUGCACCUCUCAGCAAACCCGCUCUCUCCGCUCAGUCUCAUCCUUCGCCAACCACUCUUCUUUCAUUUCCUCCUCCCGCCGAGCCACCAUCCCGAGCCAAACGCCCAGGCUCGGUCCGAACCUGGCUUCUGCCCCUCCGAGACUGAGCAGGUCAUCCUCCAGCCUGACCAUCAACUCUAGGUCCGGCCGGACCAUAGCUUCGUUCCACGUCCCGUCUCUCUCCCGCAGCAUGUCCCGAUCCUCUGCGCCGUCCCACUCACGGCAGCGUUCCUUGUCCGCUUCUGCGGUGUCCGGGCGGCGAUCUUUGUCUAGUGCUGACUUCACACGCUAUGUGGUGCAGCCGCUGCUGGGAGCGCAGUGGAUGGGCGGAGCCAUGAUGGUCUUUGGAGUCGCCAUUGCUGUCUGUUGUUUCUUCGCAGCUCGCUUUGCCAAGGGCCUCUCGUCGAUUCGCCUCAUGCUGCUGCUCGGUGCUGCCUCUCAGGCAGCCGUUCUCGUCCUCACAUGGCUCUUUCAGGACAGAGCCAUGUCAAAGCCAGCAGCAUUCGCGCUGGUGUGCAGCUGUGCGCUGCUGUGGGGAAUCGGUGCCACUGCAUUUCAAUCUCAGAUUACGGCGCUCCUUCCAUUGGUCUUCCCCUCUGACGUGGACGCAGCAUACGCGCAUUGGAUUUCCUGGAGCAGUGCUGCCUGCUCCGCCUACUUCCUCUCAAGCCCAUACAUCGCCACGCCCAUCAAGAACAGCCUUCUGCUCGUCUUCUGCCUCCUCUCCGUCAUUUUCGCCGCCAUUGCUGUCAGAAUCAGUUAA